AUGACGGAUUCUCUCAAGAUUAUCAUGAAGUUUGUGGACCUGAACCAUUCUUUCGUUUCGAAGACGUCCUUCUGUACUGAGGAAAUGGGGACACGCGUACUGGUUGGAAAAAACACGGAAAGCUUCUUUUUCAAGAAACGAAAUUCAAAUAAAAAAGUUUUCCGAUUUGAAUUUCACAAGAAAAAUGGGUGAAAUAGGAAAUUUUCGAUUUUAUUCGACGACAAUAGAAAAUUUUCCAGAAAAAAUUUUGUCUACUUCGCGAAUUUCUUAAUGUAAUUGAAUUCUUUCAUUAUUAACUUCUUCACAACAAAAAAAAUCAGAUCUGCCAAAAGCCAGUCUGUAAUCGAUAGAUCAACGAACAAUCAGUAGGCCGCGAAAAGGAGGACACGCCGUGUAACGCGCGGGAAUCGGUUCCUCGCGUCGAGGUUCUUUCUCGUCAUUCGUUUUUCUUUUCCCAGGCUCUCGUCCUGUUCUCCUUCUGCCCCAUAGCCUCAUAACUCAUAGCAACCUCGUUUUUUUUUUAUGUUGAAGAGCUCAAUUUCGGUUCAUCGUUUUAUAAGCCUUUUCAAAAAGAAUAUCUUGUCUAGAAGUCAAUUUUCGGUUUUCGUCCUUCCUCACAUUUUUGCACUGGACGAAAAUGAAGGUUAGAAUGGAAAUAAGUUGAAAUCAUGGAGAAAAUUUAAAAUUUGAUGGAAUUCCUUGUUAUCAAUUGACGUAUUUGUAGCACUAGUUUUUCGGUUAUUCGCGCUUUUUUUUUCAAAUUUUUCAUGCAUUCACUGUUAUAUAUUCAGUGUUUGCUCAUCAUGGCUUCUACCACCGUCGAGAUGACACUGGACGAGAUAAUUAAACUGAACCGUCAACAAAGUCAUGUUAAAUCCAACGUUGCUGGGACUACUUGGGUUCAAAGCGUGAGUAGUUUUUCUUUUCAAUUUAAGUCACAAAUUUUCGCUUCCCUCAUCGUUUUUUGUACAGGGCGACCGAGGUUCUCACAAAAGACGUGGCAGAAGAGGAAUGCGUGGCCACAACAGUUCUUGGCGUCAUACGGGUGGGAGAAAACGUCAGGCGCCCCCUCAAAAUUUCGAACACUAUUUUGGAGAUUCCGUCCCGCUUCGGUCCCAGCGUGCAUCUCGCCGGAAUGCGUGAGUUCCUAUCUCCGAAACUUAAAAUGUUGAUAUUUUCAGCUUCAAGAAGAACCACACGCUAUCGAAUCAUGGGACUUCCGCUCAGAGAACUCUCUUGAUCGAAGUGGAUCACCCGAUUCUUUCACACCGUGGAAAUUCUACGCACCGAAGACGCAACAAUAAUCGUGUUCUUUAUGUUCCUGGUCAAACUCAACGUCUUCAGGUACGUUUUUCAAGUCUGCGAGCGAUAAUUUUAUUCGAAAAGUUGCUGAAAGGCCUAAUGAUGGCAUUACAUUGGCAAAUACUCAAAGAUACAGCUUUUUUUCAAUACGAGUAAAUUCAUGCAAGACUUCACAAAGAAGCAUAUUCUCUAUGGAAAAUUGCCCACUGAGCUGUGAUUCAAGUAGUUUAUACAUCUAGAGUCAAAUGAAAUUUUUUUCUUUUCUGAAAUGGAUUGUUCGUUUCUAGGUUCAUUACACAAACGGACACCUGGAACAUGGAGGCACCGUCAUUCGUCAGAAAACUAUUGCCAGAAACGCUCGACGAGAAUUUUCCGUUCCAAAUAUUCAGCGCCGUAACCAGGUUUUCUUUCUACUUUUUGCAUGCUUCGAAGUUCAGACAGUUCAAAUCCAGUUAUAUCGAUGUUUCAGUAAAAAAUCAUACUAAAAAUCGAAUUUUAUUGAGGGUUGUUUCAUAAGAAUAUUAUUACUCUUUCAGCACCGAUUCAUAAACAACAACGUCGGAAAUGGCGUUUCUCCCCGUCAAAGGACCUCUGCUCUCAAGGCGUGGAAGGAACGGAAUGAACGAGUGCGCAAGGCCUUCUUCGGUCGACAGCCUUCGAAAACACCAACCGACGUUCGUUUUUCUCUCUUCUCCUUUUUUUGUUGUUUGCCAGAGUUUUGCUGACAUCUGAUUUCAGGUCGGAAAGUUCGAGCGUUUCCAGCCCAACGUGAAUCCUGACACGUAUUUCAACUUCGGCCGCGGCUUCACCAUGUAA